AACAAGCGCACCUUAUGUAAUGCGUGGCGGCGCUAAACGCAGGCGGACAGUAAACUCACAGGCUGGUGGUUUGGCGGUGCUGGCCCUGUCUUAUGUCACUUCUGCUGAGGUAACAGCUAAUGCGCACAACGGCACAAGCUACAUUUCCUCGUGUGGGCCAAGUCGAAGCAGUCAGUAUGUUUGGAGCUGUGGUGGUGGGUAUCGGCACAGCAGGUUGGGUGAGGAUCAGAGACAUGUUAGCUCCACUGUCUGGCAGUCCUGCAGAGAAACUCGCUGUCAGAGGAUUCAUAUCAAGGAGGAGCCUGGACACUCAGCAGGGAGUGAGUCAGAUCUCAGUGGAAGAGGCUGUGAGCAGAGAAGACAUUCAUGUAGCAUUCAUCUGCACUGAUAAUAUCUCACAUGAGGACAGUGUCAGGUAAUGUGUGCAACAAGCAACUACAAGUCUCUGCAUUUGAUGUGUCGCAAAUAAGUAUAUACAGUGAAUUAAACACUAAAUGAACAAAAUAACCCAUGAACUAGCAAGCUAUUUUCAUAGCCACGCUCACCCACCCUGCUUGGAAGUCAUCACAAUGAUCCAUAGAAUAACCAUCUAUAGUUAAAUACCACAAUACUGCCAUACACGCGGUGAAAGUAGAUUAUAAAUGGAGUAAAUAGGGGGUUUAAAUGGGGUACAUUUUUCUGAAGUUAUAUUUCUGGAAUUGUUUCAAAGUUUCAAAGUUAUAUUUGACUGUUUUACAUAUAAACAUUUUUACACAAAAAUUUGAGAUUAAGCCAAACAUGUUUGAGCCUUAGUCAGACCCAGACUCAGCUGAAGGACAAAAAUCAGCGCCCAGCAGACGUAUCAGAAUGAUAAGUGUAGUUAGCAUCUUUUAGUUGUUUAUGUUUGUUAGCUUGCAGUGGCUGACACAGCUCCUCUCUCUCG